CUUCUAGUAGCUUUUGUUAGAGCCCUCCAAAUCCUAUUCCUUAAACUGUCUUUUUUCCAUAAUCAACUAACCUUAGAUGCCAUAAUUUUCUUCAAGCUCAAAAUUCACCAUGGAGGCUGUUGCUACUCCAUUGUACCACUUCAUUUCUCCACUCAACCAAAAGCAACCAAGAUGCUAUUCAACAAAUUUUGGCCUUGUAAAUGCAGCAGAAACACUUUCUGAAUCUUCACUCUCAACCUCUCUUGAAUCACUUUCUUCAUUGCAAUUUGAUUAUGAUAAAAAGUUCAACUCUCUAAAUUCAGUCAGAGCUAUGCAUGCCAAGAUGAUAAAACUGUCUAAUGAAUGGGAUUCAAAGAAAAAUAUGCAGUAUUUUAUCUCAGGUUACUUGGAAUUUGGUGAUUUUCAAUCAGCUGCAGUGUUAUUCUUUGUGGGGUUUGCAGAGAAUUAUUUGUAUUGGAAUUCUUUCCUUGAAGAAUAUACAUAUUUUGGAGGAACCCCAUGUGAAAUUCUUGAAGUUUUCAGUGAAUUGCAUAGUAAAGGAGUGAACUUUAACACUGAAAUUCUAGCUUUUGUUUUGAAAAUCUGUUCAAAGUUAAGAGAUAUGUGGUUAGGAUUGGAAGUCCAUGCUUGUCUGAUCAAGAGGGGUUUUGAUUUAGAUGUCUAUACAAAAUGUGCACUGAUGAAUUUUUAUGGGAGGUGCUGUGGGACUGAGAGUGCUAAUAAGGUCUUUAAAGAAACAUCAAUGCAUGACUCUUUAUUGUGGAAUGAAGCCAUUCUGGUUAAUUUGAGGAAUGAAAAAUGGGCAGAAGGUCUACAAAUGUUUCGCGAUAUGCAGGCGUUACUUGUUAAGGCCAAUAGUUUAACCAUUUCCAAAGUUUUGCAAGCCUGUGGGAAAUUGGGAGUUCUUGAUGAAGGAAAACAGAUUCACGGGUAUGUUAUCCGAUAUGCCUUAGAUUCGAAUAUACUCAUACGUACUGCACUGAUCAACAUGUAUGUGAAAAAUGACAAUAUCAAACUUGCUAGAGUAGUUUUUGAUUCAACAGACAAUCGUAAUCUGCCUUGUUGGAACAGUAUUAUCUCGGGGUAUACUGCACUUGGUUACCUUGAUGAUGCGUGGGAGCUAUUUCAUGAAAUGAAAACUUGCAACAUAAAACCGGACAUAAUAACCUGGAACAGCCUUUUAUCUGGUCAUUUUCUUCAUGGAUCUUAUCGAGAAGUUUUGGCAAUUGUGAGGAGAAUGCAGAGUGCUGGUUAUCAGCCAAAUCGCAACUCUAUAACUAGUGCUCUUCAAGCAGUGAGUGAAUUAGGAUAUUUGAGAAUUGGGAAGGAGAUUCAUUGCCAUGUUUUAAGAAAUGGACUUGACUAUGACCUUCAUAUUGCAACUUCACUAGUAGACAUGUAUGUGAAGAAUGAUGAUUUGCAAUCUGCUCAAGCUGUUUUUGAUUGUAUGACAAACAGAAACGUUUGUGCUUGGAAUUCAUUAAUUUCGGGUUAUUCCUGCAAAGGACAUUUUGAAAAAGCUGGUGAUCUUUUGGAUCAGAUGAAGGAAGAAGGGAUUAAACCAGAUAUAGUGACAUACAAUAGCAUGGUUUCUGGUUAUUCAACGUCUAACUGUAUCAAGGAAGCUUUGGGUAUGAUUAGAAGGAUCAAGAGUUCUGGCAUGUCUCCUAACGUCAUUUCAUGGACCUCUUUAGUAUCGGGUUGUUCACAGCAAGGAUACUUCAGAGAAGCAUUUGAGUUUUUAACGCAGAUGCAGGAUGAAGGUAUCAAAGUCAACUCAGUUACUGUUGCAAGCUUACUUCAAGCAUGUGCAGGUCUCUCUUUGUUACACAUUGGGAAAGAGAUACAUUGCCUGUGUAUACGAAACGAUUUUAUAGAUGAUGUGUACGUAUCUACGGCUCUCAUAGACAUGUACAGUAAGUGUGGGAACUUAGAAAAUGCCCAGAAGGUUUUCCAAAACCUUGAGGACAAAACUUUAGCUUCCUGGAAUUCCAUGAUAACCGGAUUUGCCAUAUACGGCUUAGGUACAGAGGCAAUUUCACUCUUUGAUAGGAUGAGAGAAGCAAACAUCCAACCAGAUGCCAUAACAUUUAUAGCUCUUCUAUCUAGUUGUAAACAUUCUGGUUUGCUUGAUAAAGGUUGGAAAUACUUUGAUCAUAUGAAGACAGAUUUUGGAGUUAUCCCCACAAUUGAGCAUUAUUCAUGCAUGGUUGAUCUUCUGGGAAGAGUCGGUUACCUUGAUGAAGCAUCGGAUUUUAUUCAGUCAAUGCCAAUGGAGCCAAAUGCAGCUGUUUGGGGUGCUCUUCUUACAUCAUGCCGGAUACAUGGAAAUGUUGAGCUUGGAGAGAUUGCAGCUGAACACCUUUUCAAGUUAGAACCAUAUAAUGCAGCUAACUAUGCCUUAAUGAUGAACCUCUACGCACUUUCAAACAGAUGGAAGGAUGUUGACCGUAUCAGAGACAAGAUGGAGGCUAUGGGAGUGAAAAUCGGACCAGUAUGGAGUUGGCUAAAAGUCGAUCAGAGGAUUCACAUCUUCUCUACAGCAGGAAAAACUCAUCCAGAAGAAGGAGAGAUAUUCUUUGAGUUGUACAAGUUAAUUUCUGAGAUGAAAAAGUUGGGAUAUAAACCUGAUACUAAAUGUGUUGUUCAGAACAUUUCUGAAGUAGAGAAAGAAAAGGCACUGCUUGGUCACACAGAGAAACUGGCAAUUACAUAUGGAUUGAUCAGGACCACAAGUCCUGCACCUAUUAGAGUGAUCAACAACACAAGAAUAUGUUCAGACUGUCAUACAGUUGCAAAAUAUAUGUCGUUGCUGAGAAGGCGAGAGAUUUUCCUAAAAGAUGGUGUCCGCUUUCACCAUUUUAGGGAUGGUAACUGUUCUUGCUGUGACUUCUGGUAG